AUGGCGGCCUCCAGGUACUUCCAGCUGCUGGCGUCUGCACUGCUCACCUUGGUGUGCUUCCGCACAGGGGGAGAUGGCGGGGGGCAGGACCACCCUGAGCAGCGGAUGACGCAGACGGAGGGGGCGUGGGUGUCACUGAGACUGUGGAACGUCGAGCAGAGAUCUGUGCUGGCUUGGAGCCUGUCGGAGGCGGUGCGGGGAGCGGCGGAAAGAGCGGACGCAGCGCCUCGCAUCGUGAAUGGGACUGAUGCGGAUAUCAAGGACUACCCAUUCAUGGUGUCCGUGUGGUACCGCGGGGCCUUCAACUGCGGCGGCUCUCUGCUCAGUUCCAGCUGGGUGCUCAGCGCAGCUCACUGCAUGGCGGGGGUGCAGAACGCGUCGGUGCUGUCGGUGUUGGCGGGCACGGCGACGCUGAGUGGCGGCGGGCAGCGGCGCGCGGUGCGGCGAGCCGUCUGGCACGAGCAGUACGACCUCAAGGCGGACUCCCCACGUGACGUACCGCCCCUCAACGACGUCGGCCUGCUGCUGCUGGAGUCGCCUCUGGAACUGGGCGCUGAACUGCGUCCUGUCUCGCUGCCGGGUCCCCAGCAGGCAGUCAGCGAGGGCACCUCUGCUUUCGUCAUGGGAUGGGGCUACGCCUACGUAAGUAGUGACACACGGCGCUCUCCAUAG